CCGGAAGUGACAAGCUGGUGUAGUAACCGUUGCCAAGGCAGCAGGUGAUUGCUGGACACUCGAGGCUGGCUGGUCUUCACAUUGAUCUUAUUCUGAGUUGCUGAUAUAUGCCAGUCUGUCGUAAUGACCACCGUGUUACCGCAGCAGGACAACAUCAACACCUACACCUUCUCGAGCCGCCCCAGAGCCCUACAGGAGAGGAAGAAAUAUCGUCAGGAGCAGCAGCAGCAAUGCACAGCAGGAUAUUAUGGAAACAUCAUGUACGACAGAAGAGUAGUACGAGGAAAUACAUAUGCACAGCAAACCCUCCCAGUGACAGCCCAGCCUGACCCUAUUGAGGUCCAACGGCAGCAAGAAAUUCAAAGGAGGGCAGUUGCCAGGAGACGAGCCAAAGCUCAGCUGCGAACUGGAACCCCAAACCCUGUGGAGGGAAGAAUACACGCAGAGGUACAAACAGAAUUGUAUCUGGAAGAACUCAGUGAUCGUAUAGAAGAAAUUGAUGUUGACACUCAAACAGAUGCGUUUUUGGAUAAACCACAAACCCCGCUCUUUAUUCCUGGAAAAACAGGCAAGGAUGUGGCUACACAGGUUAAGGAAGGAGAGCUCUUUGACUUUGACAUUGAAGUGAAACCAAUGUUGGAGGUGCUGGUGGGAAAAACUAUUGAACAAGCUCUACUAGAGGUAAUGGAGGAGGAGGAGCUGGCUAACCUGCGUGCUUUGCAACGUGACUUCGAGGAGCUUCGCAAUGCAGAGCUUGCAGAAGUACAGCGUAUGGAAGAGAAGGAGAGACGGCACAGAGAGGAAAAGAAACGUCGCAUGGAACAACAGCAGGAUGUGCUAAAGAAAGAAAAAGACACUUCAGAUAAGAUUGCAGCCCGUGCAUUUGCGCAAAGUUAUUUAGCUGACCUAAUUCCUACAGUCUUCAAUACUCUUCGGGAUAAUGGCUACUUCUAUGAUCCUGUGGAGAGAGAUGUGGAAAAAGUAUUCCUGCCUUGGCUGAUGGGAGAGGUAAAGAAAUCAAUAGAGAAGAGAAUUUUGGGAAGGACUAUGUUGGACAUAAUACUUCGUGAUGUGAUUAAUAGCAGAACCGAGGCUUUCUCACAGAUGAAAUAGGAUCGUGAUACAAGAUACAUGCUCGGGAACAACAAAUAAACAAGUAUCCUGGAUGGGGGCAGAAUGGAAAGUGCGUUAAUAUCCAUCAUAUAUUGAAUAAUAUCUUUAAAAUUGAACUCUUCAGAUUCCAGCGUCUCCUGAAUUUUGCAAAAGAUACCAAUGGCACAUUGACUUGAACAAGUAAAUCCUACAUUUGUAAAUAAGUUAGUAGUGUUGAGGUUCCAAACAGUAAACAUGAUCUAAAGAUAAUGCAUUAUUAAAAAUGCAAACAUAUAAUCAAUAAACUUAAAAUAAACCUGUUUUUCAAAUUAA